AUGAAGCACCAAAAACUUGCGAUUUCUUUCACUACAGUGACAAUUAUUCUGACUGUAAUUGCAAUCGGAUUUCCUUUUAUCUACGGGGAUGUAAAAGAGAAGAGUCAAUCGAAAACAACUCCUCAAUCCAGCACGACUUCUCCACCAAAAAUCAGCCCAUGCGAUGAAAAUCCAUGCUUGUUCAAUGGGACUUGCUCGUCUGAAAGUUUUUGCGAGGCGAGCGAUUGUAAUAACCGUUGUCGUAAUGAUCUUAUUUCAUGCCGACCCUUAUGUGAGACUGAUUAUUGUCUAUCCAUUUGUGCCGGAGAAUACGAAAAGUGUCUGAAAAGUUGUGGGUGCGAAAAUGAUUCUGAAAAUUUGUAUGAAUGUUCUUGCAAAACUGGCUUUUCUGGAGAAAACUGUGAAAUAACCCCUUGUGACUCAAAUCCUUGCAAAAAUGGCGGAAAAUGCAAAAUAGAAGGUAAUUCUUUUCUCUGUAGAUGCCCUUAUGGCUAUUCUGGAGAGCAUUGUGAAAACGAUCCUUGCUUUGAUAAAUGUGAAAAUGGCGGAAAAUGUUCUAUUCAUGGAAGCUCUUUUUCGUGCAAAUGCCCUUAUGGGUACAAAGGUGAACGCUGUGAGUAUGACCCAUGUGAUGGAAUCAUUUGUGAACAUGAUGGUGUUUGUUCAAUCGAUGGAAGUUCUUAUCAAUGUCAAUGUCCUGAAGGUUACUAUGGCAAGUUGUGCGAAUUCACUCCGUGUUCUUCUCAACCAUGCUAUCAUGGAGGAGUUUGCUCAGUCAAUCAAAGCUCUUAUAAAUGCGAUUGUCGUCCAGGCUAUUCAGGAACGAAUUGCGAAGUGACUCCCUGCGAUGAGCAUCUUUGCGAAAACUCUGGCAAAUGCUUGAUAAGCGGCGAUUCAUACAAGUGUAAGUGCCCAAAUGGAUAUUCUGGAGAAUUUUGCCAAGAAGAUCCUUGUUUUACGGAACCUUGUGAAAAUGAUGGAAUUUGCGAGGUUGAUGGGAGCAUGUUUAAUUGCGAAUGCCAGCCAGGUUUUUCUGGAGACACUUGUGAGAUAACACCAUGUACGGAGAAUCCCUGCAAACAUGGAGGAGAAUGCGCUGUUAGCGGAGAUUCCUUCUUGUGCACUUGUCAAGAUGGGUUUGAGGGGAUCAUUUGCGAUAUUACUCCCUGCUCUACAGAUUCCUGUGAAAAUGGUGGAACCUGUAUUUUUCUGAAGAUGGGUCAUCAAAUUCUUUCACAUGCAUUUGUCCUGAUUAUUACGACGGUAACCGAUGUGAAAUCACUCCUUGCACGAAUAAUCUCUGCGAAAAUGAUUCCACAUGCGAAAUCAUGGGCUCGGACUAUAAAAACACCUUGCUCAGGCAAUCCAUGCAAACAUGGAGGAGAAUGUUCAAUUAACGGAGAUUCGUUUAUUUGUUAUUGCCAAAAUGGCUUUGAAGGGCCAACUUGUGAAACAACACCAUGUUCUUCCAAUCCUUGCCAAAAUGAUGGAGUUUGCAGAUUCACAGAAGACGGGUCAUCGAAAGAAUUUCAAUGUGACUGUCUCCUUGGAUAUUCUGGAGAAACUUGCGAAGAAUAUAUUUGUGAUCCGAAUCCAUGUGAUAACGACGGAACUUGUCAACCCGCAAAAACCCAGUCAGGAUUUUCUUGCACUUGCUUGGGCGAUUUUUCUGGACAUCACUGCGGAACCCACCCUUGCGAAGGCUACGUUUGUAAUGAUCAUCAUCAAUCUUGCUCGGUUGAAGAUUAUAAACGUGAAUGUUUUUGCGAAAAUGGAUGGUACGGUUCAGAAUGUCAGUCUGAUAAUCCUUGCUUUGAAAAAAAUUGUGAAGGAGAUAAAAUUUGCUUUCUUGAUAGAUAUGAUAUUGCAAAAUGUGUUGAUCCUGAUAUUGGCUUUUACAAUAAGGCUACCAAGAAAAAUGCUGUUUGCUGGUGGUCUUCGAAUAAUGACAGUUAUAUGAUGACGAAGUUAUAUUUUCAUGAGGUUAUUUUUGUUGCAACAGAGAACAAACAUGAGUACAUCAUCAAAACUCAUGGAUGUGGUGGAGACGAUAGAUGCGUUGCAACAUAUAAAAAAAAUGAGAAUGAGAGCUAUGUUUAUCAUAAUAUUCUUGAUAAUGUUUUACAUGAAACCGAUUUUGAAUACAUCUGGCAUUUCGAUCUUUCUGAUUGCGACUCGAGGCGUUGCUAUUACUUCAUAAGACCAGCUGAUAAUUCUGUGAGAAGUUGGUAUGGUGAAAGCGAUAUUCGUUUAUCAGAAAAUGAUGACAACAAAGCUCUUUGGUAUUUUUCUGGCAUUUAA